AGGAGGGAAUUCCGUCCCUGUCUGUCCCGUCUAUGGUCGAGGCGACGGACAAGGAAGGAAACACGCAUUUGUGUGCUUUCCGUCCCUGUUCGUCCCGUCUAUGACCGGGGCGACGGACAAGGAGGGAAACCACACACUUGUGUGCUUUCCGUCUUUGUUCGUCCGGUCUAUGGUCGGGGCGACGAACAAGGAGGGAAACCACGCAUUUGUGUGCUUUCCGUCCCUGUUCGUCCCGUCUAUGACCGGGACGACGGACAAGGAGGGAAUUCCGAAUUCCGUCCCUGUUCGUCCCGUCUAUGACCGGCCGGAUCUGAACUGGGCCGAGCGGGGAACGCGGGGCCUCCUCGCCCCGGUCCGGAUCCAGAUCGGUCAGAGUGGGGGGAACGCGUUCACUCCUCUAACGGGAACUCUUUCGUUUCAGGAGCAUAGAGGGUCCAGACUCCAGACGUCCGUGCAGGUUACCGAUCUUCCAAUGUAUCUCAUGCCUCAAUAAAGUGUCCUUCUGUC